AAACGCUACUCCUUAACGAGAACCCCAUGCGUAUACCAGCAUCACCUUUUGCUACUGCUUCUGUCCCUGAAUCGUCUGAACCCUAAACCCUUGUACCGACCACUCAAUUGGAUUUUGGGAAAAAAUUAGGGUUUGGUUCACUCGAUCUUGCAUCGCCGCCGGUCCACUCCACAACCUUCCCCCUUCCUUCCGGUCUCGCCACCGACACACUGCCAACGGAGCCAAAGAAUCUUGCGCGUCGCCUUGCCACUGACGGACGGAACCAAUCACAUUUCGUAGCCAAUAAAAUCAGAACGACGUUGUCUAGCCCUUGAUUGCGGACAAGGAUCUUUCACUCUAGGCACCCUUCAGUGAGGCACCUCAUCCACGAGCAAACCCUCCUAUCAUCAGCUCUGUGCAAGCCACCUCUGAACGCAUGCACUAACCUCGAUUCAGAAUGAAGCUCGAUGUGGAUGUGUUAAGAUAUCUAUCCAAAGAUGAUUUUAGGGUUCUCACCUCUGUUGAAUUGGGCAUGAGGAAUCAUGAAAUUGUGCCCACGGAACUCAUAGACCGAAUUGCACGUCUCAAGCAUGGAGGCACGUACAAGGUUUUGAAGAAUCUUCUCAAGCACAAGUUGUUGCAUCAUGACUCUUCUAAAUAUGAUGGAUUCCGCCUUACCUAUCUUGGCUAUGAUUUUCUUGCCAUUAAAACUAUGGUGAACAAAGGAGUGUUUGUUGCUGUUGGUCGCCAGAUUGGUGUUGGAAAGGAAUCUGAUAUAUUUGAGGUUGCCCGCGAAGAUGGAACUGUUUUGGCCAUGAAGUUGCAUAGACUUGGUAGAGUCUCUUUUAGAGCUGUCAAAUCUAAGCGUGACUACUUGAGACAUCGAAGUAGUUAUAAUUGGCUCUAUUUGUCUCGCCUUGCUGCCCUUAAAGAAUUUGCUUUUAUGAAGGCUUUAGAGACCCAUGGCUUUCCUGUUCCAAAUGCUGUAGAACACAAUAGACAUUGUGUAGUCAUGUCACUUGUUCAGGGUUAUCCUCUUGUACAGGUGAAGCAGUUACAGAAUCCAGAGACAGUUUUUGAGACAAUUAUUGGUCUAGUUGUUCGGUUGGCUGAACAUGGCCUUAUUCAUUGUGAUUUCAAUGAAUUCAAUAUCAUGAUUGGCGAUGAUGAAAAAAUUACCAUGAUUGACUUUCCACAAAUGGUAUCCGUGUCACACCGUAAUGCACAGAUGUACUUUGACCGUGAUGUUGAAUGCAUCUUUAAGUUUUUCAGGAAAAGGUUUAAUCUUUCUUUUGAAGAAAGCUUAGAUGAUAUUGAUGGUUCAGAUGAGGGGACAGAUGAAGUUGGAAAACCCUGUUUUUCUGCAAUAGAAAGAAGUGCUGGUUUUCUAGAUAGGGAACUUGCUGCCAGUGGCUUUACUAGAAAGGACGAAGAAGAUAUUCAAAGGUUCAUUGAAGUCGAGGCAGAGAGUGAUGCAAAUUCAGAUUCUGAAGAGGUUGAUGUAGUAGAAGAUCUGAAUGGAGCAGACACUAUUGACGGUGAUUCUUCAGACUUGUUGGAACAGAACGAGGGAUACGAGAGUCAGGGGAGAGAGGAGAGUUGUGAAGCACGUGAAAGCAGUGGAUCUGAAAAGGAAGAUGCAAGUGAUAAUGAGGAAAACAAUGAAGAAGCAAUGGAAAAUGAAGCUGAACUUGUUAAGAGCUUGAAUAAGCAAAGACGACGCGCCAUAGCAUCAGCUCGCAAGGGGCAGAAGACUGCUGGAGCCAGAAAUUCCUAUAAAGAUAAAGGUGGUAGGUCAUCUCACAGUUCUAAAAUCCAGAAACAGUUGAACAACUGGUGACAUAUGGUUCACCUUAUGGGGUGAACUUAAAGAAGGAAAUAUUAAGUUUUGGUAGGCUAUUGUAGACGACCGUUGUCUGUUCAAGCUUCCAAUAAAAGUUCAGACAUUGGAAAGCAACUGGGUUAUGGUCGACCCCUCCUCUGGAGGUUAUUCAUAUUAUGUGUUAUAUUUAUUUCGAAUUAAAAUUUUGCCAUUCUUUAUUGGAAAAUUGUCACA